CGAGCGCGGCCACUCAGCGCGGAGAGCCGGCCGUGGCCUUCCCUGAUCUCGCAGCUCCGCACCGCGUGCCGUCGCCCCGUCCCCGUGCGCCCCGGCCGGCUGAGCAGCGGGCCCUCGCGGCGGGCGCCAUGCAGCGGGCGCGCCCCGCGCUCUGGGCCGCGGUGUUGACCGCGCUGGCGCUGCUCCGCGGGCCGCCGGUGGCGCGGGCCGGCGCCGGUUCGGUGGGCGCGGGCCCCGUGGUGCGCUGCGAGCCGUGCGACGCGCGUGCGCUGGCCCAAUGCGCGCCUCCGCCCACCUCGCCCCCGUGCGCCGAGCUGGUGCGCGAGCCGGGCUGCGGCUGCUGCCUGACGUGCGCGCUGCUCGAGGGCCAGCCGUGCGGCGUCUACACCGAGCGCUGCGGCUCCGGCCUCCUGUGCCGGCCGCAGCCCGGCGAAGUGCGUCCGCUGCAGGCACUGCUGCACGGCCGCGGGUCCUGCGUCAACGCCAGCGCCGCCGGCCGUCUGCGCGCCUACCUGCUGCCGGCGCCGUCCGCGCCAGGGAACACCAGUGAGUCGGAGGAGGAGCGUGGCGCAGGGGGCGUGGAGGGCCAGACCAUGCCCAGCACGCACCGGGUGCCCGACUCCAAGUUCCACCCCCUGCACGGCAAGAUGGACGCCAUCAGGAAGGGCCAGGCCAAGGACAGCCAGCGCUACAAGGUCGACUACGAGUCGCAGAGCACGGACACCCAGAACUUCUCCUCCGAGUCCAAGCGGGAGACGGAAUACGGCCCCUGCCGGCGUGAGAUGGAGGACACCCUGAACCACCUCAAGUUCCUCAACGUGCUGAGCCCCCGCGGGGUGCACAUCCCCAACUGUGACAAGAAGGGCUUCUACAAGAAGAAGCAGUGCCGCCCCUCCAAGGGCAGAAAGCGGGGCUUCUGCUGGUGCGUGGACAAGUACGGGCAGCCCCUCCCGGGCUACGACACCAAGGGCAAGGACGAGGUGCACUGUCUGGGCAUGCAGAGCCAGUAGCCGCCACGCAGCCACGUAAGCCCGGGACGGGUCGGGGCUCCUCCUCCGGGCAGCAGUGGGGGGCGAGGAUUGCUCGGGGCUGGGGAGCCGGUGGGAGAGAGGCCUCUGACCGGAGCAGGAAGAAAGCCCCGCGCUCACCACAGCCCAGGCACGCCACAGCCCAGGCACACCACAGCCCAGGUACACACCACAGCCCAGGCGCACCACAGCCCAGGUACACCACAGCCCAGCACACACCACAGCCCAGGCACACCACAGCCCAGCACACACCACAGCCCAGGUACACCACAGCCCAGGUACACCACAGCCCAGGCACACCACAGCCCAGGCGCACCACAGCCCAGGUACACCACAGCCCAGGCGCACCACAGCCCAGGUACACCACAGCCCAGGCACACCACAGCCCAGGCACACCACAGCCCAGGCACACCACAGCCCAGGUACACCACAGCCCAGGUACACCACAGCCCAGGUACACCCCACAGCCCAGGUACACCACAGCCCAGGUACACACCACAGCCCAGGUACACCACAGCCCAGGCACACCACAGCCCAGGCACACCACAGCCCAGGUACACACCGCAGCCCAGUCACACCACAGCCCAGGUACACACCACAGCCCAGGUACACCACAGCCCAGGCACACCACAGCCCAGGUACACACCACAGCCCAGGUACACCCCACAGCCCAGGUACACCACAGCCCAGGCACACCACAGCCCAGGCACACCACAGCCCAGGCACACCACAGCCCAGCACACACCACAGCCCAGGCGCACCACAGCCCAGGUACACCACAGCCCAGGUACACCCCACAGCCCAGGCACACCACAGCCCAGGCACACCCCACAGCCCAGGUACACCCCACAGCCCAGGUACACACCACAGCCCAGGCACACACCACAGCCCAGGUACACACCACAGCCCAGGCACACCACAGCCCAGGUACACACCACAGCCCAGGUACACCACAGCCCAGGCACACCCCACAGCCCAGGUACACCCCACAGCCCAGGCACACCACAGCCCAGGUACACCACAGCCCAGGCACACACCACAGCCCAGGUACACCACAGCCCAGGUACACACCACAGCCCAGGUACACCACAGCCCAGGUACACACCACAGCCCAGGCACACCACAGCCCAGGUACACCACAGCCCAGGCGCACCACAGCCCAGGUACACACCACAGCCCAGGUACACCACAGCCCAGGUACACCACAGCCCAGGCACACACCACAGCCCAGGCUCACACCACAGCCAGCCAAGGCCAGGAAGCUUCGUUUCCAGCGAGGCUCAUUCGAACGCCUGGUUCCUAAAUUCAAUUCCAAGUUAGAGACGUGGCCCUUUUCCCUGUGAUGUGGGUUAUGAAUAUUUUCCUAGACUGGUUAACGUGAUUAGUAGAGUUUACCUAAGUCUCGGGCAACACUGACGCUUUGAGCUAUAACAUUGAAGAGUGCUGUGCUGUGCCGUGUUCUUUUCACUCAAACGUGAGGGAGUUUGGGGCGAGACGGAUGCAUGCGUUUCCCUUCAGCUUCGCCAGAUGAACUUGAUAAGCAGAAGAAACUUGUAUGGACUAGAAUGUUUUAUCUUGCAAGCUGGAAAAAUACGUUAGCUCUACCUCUGGUAGCUUGAUUGACAGUGAGCGCCCCCCCCACCCCCCCACCCUGCUCUGUUGGAAAUGCAGGUGGAGACCCCUGGCGGCGAGCAGAGGCGGAGCCCGCGCCGGGUUUGUCUCCAUGUCCCUGUCUUUUCCCUUUAGUUCUCGUGGAGCUCAAAUCCGCCUUAUUUUGCACAAGAGACUGCCAGGGCCACGGCCUCCACUCGGAUCUCUCUGUGGUGAACUGAUUUUCCUUAAACCAAAGUUCAGAAGUUCUGGAAGCGCCUGCGGUUCCGGCGGGAUGCCCACCAGGGCGCCUCCCCUCCCCAGAGCCCCUCACACCCCGCCCGCCCCCUCCCCACGGAGCGCGCCCCGCUGUGCGCUUCCCUCCACCCCGAAGGCCCCGACCGCUGUGCUGCCCUGCACAGAGCACACUUCAUACCACCCUCCACAAUCCCGAUCCGUAGGGAGCCCCUGAACCCCGUCAUCUGGAGACCCCUGGGGGCCGCCGAGCUCCCAGUGGGAGAGGUCAGAUGCAGUCUGACUGUUCAACCAGAAACGACCCCCUGGGAAUUCACCGGGCAGCUCCGAGGGCCGCGGGCGGGAGGGGCAGGUGGCAGCCAGCGCCAGCCCCCCUGUCCAGGUGCCCCCUUCUUCAGAUGCCUGCAGAGAACAGCCUUCGCCACGCACCGGCUCCUGGGACAGCGCCUGUGUCUGAAGAUCGGCUCCGGGAAGAGCGAGAUGCGUGCGUCCCCGUCACUCACCUGUCUAACCAGGACGGAGGGGUGGCUCACCGGCGGCUGGGCAGCGGGGGUCGCUCUCGCCCUUUUCUUUGUAAAUCACACAUGUAAGCAGAGAAGCCGCGCUCCUGAUUCACUGUUCACAUUGUAUGCAACGUAGCCCGAGUAUAACCGGAUCUGUGCUAGCCACUCCUAGGUGAGACGCUGAGAAGCUGCCUGCGGAUGCCCGGCCGCGGCCGCGCGCGCUCGGGAGCCCAGCCGGCUCUCCCGGCACUGCCUGCCUGCUGGCUUCUCUUUAUUUUUUUAAUUAAGUUUUCGGGGGGAAAAAAGUAUUUUUGAAAAGUUCAUCUUGCAGUGUAUUUAUAAAUAGUAAAUAAAGUUUUUACCGUUAAAACUGAA